AUGCUAGACGGUCUUCUUGGAAAUAAGAUUAUCUUAACACUUGCUUUGUCGAAAGUUAAUGUCGCUUUUAAUUGCAAUGCUAUGAAAAGUAUAAAAAGAAGUUCGCCACAGUCUUUCACAGUUAUUGGAUCAUUGAUUACAUUGGAUGUACUCCGGUACCUAUCAUUUCAAUGCAGAGUCUUGAAUGAGCUGCGUUUGUCUGUCCACACCAAAUACCUUGAAUUUGUGGUUACAAUAUAUGCGUUAAAGAAGCUUACGAAAGAAAACUUGGGGUCAGAUUUAAACGAAAGUUUCUCAGUUGCAAUCAUGCUUGAGAAAUAA